GACGCGUACUUCACGAGCUCCAGCGCGCUGGGCGUGGCCGACGGCGUCGGCUGCAUGGUGCAGUUUGCGUCGUAUGGCAUCAACGCAGCGGCCUACGCCGCGGAGCUCAUGGCCUCCGCCGACCUGGCGCUGCGCCCGGGCGGCGCGGCCGCGGCCGGGCCCGGGAGCCUGGAGGAGCGCGCGAGGGCGGCGCUCGCGGCGGCCGAGGGCAGCGCCGAGGCGUACGGCGCCUCCACCAUCUGCGUGCUGGCCAUGGAGGACAACAGCGUGGGCGUCGCCAACCUGGGAGACUCCGGCUUCAUGCACCUGCGCAAGGCGGCGAACGGCUGGAAGGUCGUCAAGAAGUCCGAGGAGCAGCAGCACAGCUGGAACUGCCCGUACCAGCUGACGAGACUUCCCCCGGCCCUGCUCAGCAGGUUCCCGAAGCUCUCUCUGGACAAGGCCGCGGAUUGCGAGACCUACCUCUUCGACGUGUGCCAAGGCGACCUGAUCCUCGUGUUCUCCGAUGGCCUCCACGACAACCUCUUCGAGCGCGAGAUCUUGUACAUCGUGGACUGUGCGUUGUCCCCGACGUUCGCCGACCUCAUG